CAGCCAUGUGAGAUGAAAACCAUGAAAACCAAGUAAACGAUCCCUUGCUAGUUUAGUUAAUAUUCAAUCAUUGGUUUAAAAGUAUCACAUUACGGCCUCGUGGUAGUAGUCUAGAGUACAAGAGGGAGGAGAGAGACGCGCGAUCAAAAGAAUUCCCGCCAUCUACUAUAAAUCAGUAGUUUAUCAGAGGCCCUUCAAGUUUUUUUCUUGAAAAAAAAUACAAUCAUGUUUAGGAAAAUAUGGCGUCGUCUAACAGCACCGACGUUCAGUGUCACGACUAAAGUAAACCACGACACGUCAACUGGUGUUCUGAUAGCAGGACAAAGAACAAAGAUUUGCACCAUAUUUAUUUGCCUUCACAGUGAUCGCAUAUUUGGAGGGCGGCAAGAAGAUAUUGAUUUUCCACGACCUUCCUUAAAUAGCGUACCUCCAGGAGUUCAAGUCAGUUACGGCGAAGACAGGCGACCCCGUCGAGAAGUACUGGAGCUAGAUGUUUAUGUUCAAGUAACGUCAGCUGGGACAUAUUCCAUAAUCCCUGAGUUCCCUGAAGGUCGUUACAACUUUAGAUCAAUUGACAAGAAAGCUGUUAAUAUCGACGUUAAGCCAUCAGAAUUAAAGUUCGUCGAGGUCAGCGGUAUAGCACCAAUUCCUGGACAUGGCAAGGCUGGUAGUGUAUAUCGAGGGGGCACCGUCGAGAUUCAUGUGACGGGCAAGGACGAAUUUGGAAAUAAAACUGUUGAAAGUAAUUUAAGAUUAAACAUAGUUCCUGAUAACUCCUUCGUCUCUUUGAUUUCAACUACUCGUGAUUUGCAGAAAGAGAUAUACAUUGUCACUCUGCGUUGUAAUAAAGUUGGUAUAACCUCCUUUGAUUUGCUUGAUCCAACACAAGUUCAUCAUCCGGUGGUGAAAGUAACAGACUUGACAAUCAUCACUCCUCCAGCUUGUCCCGCUAAUUCGUAUAUCAUUCACAACGACCUCCAUACCAUAGAAGAGAAAAUUCACGAGGCUGGCAAAGCGAUAAUGUUUAAGUUGGCGCUGUUUGACAUUUUUGGGCACCCGUUGACAUCUUUAAAUGAAAUUACAUCGAAUAUUCAUCUUACCUGUCUUCAUGACUGUGAUACAAACUUGUCUUGUGGAGAUGAUCAACGCAUCAUCGAGAUUGCAGCUGAAAAACAGGACGUACGAGUCUUGACUGAGAAGGAAGUUGAUUCCCACAAAGUGAGCUCUCUCGAUUUGGAAGUCCCUGCCAACAUUUGUCAGCUUGAGUUUACUCCUCUCGUAUCUGGACGAAAACGUUUCCUUUUAUUUCUAUCAGAGAAGGAAGUUAAGAAUUCUCCAAUCAAGAUAACUGUUGUACCAGGUCCUUUGAUCGAAUUAAAGAUCUUUAGUCAUGAACCUCCAACAACAAAUCAAAACGUUGUUAUUUCUUACCCGAAGGAACAACGAGUCGUAGUUGUCAAAGGAAUAGAUGCCUUUGGAAAUAAAGUUGAUCUUGACUUCUCCGAAUGGAGGUUGGUCGAGACACAAUUCGCGAACAUGUUACAAGUGAAAAAUUCUUUUCUUGACGAGAAAGCCAAGAUGGUUUCAUUUCACUACACACACAGUAAAAAAGGAAGAUAUACGGCCAUUGUUAAAUCUAAAUUCCCUAGUAAAACCUACAUCAAAGUUCCUCAAUUUGUAAUUGAAGUUGGUCCAGCUCCAAUCGACCCUGAGAAAUGUGAUGUUCAAGUUUGUCAAGAACAGCCCAUAUUUACAUGCCAUUUCCGGUGUCUACAACUUCGUGUUUCGUUUGUAAGCUGUACAGGAGAGAGGUACGUCAUCUCCCGCCCGGAUAUUGGCCAUUUAAGUGUUACGGUCGACAACUUAGUUUUUGAACCUACUUUUAAACACAGCUCAAAGCCUUCUGAAGCUUGUCUCAUACUUCCUGAGCUGAAAGAAGGCGGAUUGAAGAAAGUCCAAGUGAAGUACAAGAAAACGUGUCUUGGUAGCAGGGUAACCGUGAAUGUUGUUGGCUUGGUGCCUUUUAAAACGGAUGACUAUCUAGAAGUCAACCAAAAUGAGGGAAAGAUACUUUGCAUUGGAGUGGCCCAAAAACAUCUCUUUGGUGCAGACUGCGUAAACAUUACAAACAUUAACCGUAUACUGGAGAAAGAAUAUCCUGAUUGCAAGCUCUCCCAUUACAAUGUAUCUCAAGAAUGCGAGGGUCUUGCGGUAUUUGAUCUCAGCAGUUUUCGGCUGGAAGCACUCUGGAGAGUCUUCAUACUUCUGUGUCUGCUUCUAAGAGGCACGCAGCACUUCCGAAACAUGGCUAAUGAGUUUGGGGACGAAAAAGAAAGAUGGAAAGAAAGAGCAACUGAGGCAUACUACGCUAAAAACCACCAAGAAGCCAAAGAAUGUAAAGCUAUCAAAGAGAAGUAUGGAGAGUUGAUGAAUGAGAGUCACAGACUAGCGUCCGACGCGAUUUUUAACUUCUACAACUAUGGCCGUCCCCAGAGUCAAAUUGAUCUUCAUGGACAACUGGUUGGAAAUACAGAAAAGUUAACCGCCUAUAAGAAGCAGCUUUUAAGUAAAGGAGAAAGGAGUGCUGCUGAGGUUGAUGCCAUAAUUGAAAGAGAACAACAAGAAAGAGAUGAAGCGAUUCGUAAACUGGAUGAACGACUGAGAAAUUUUGAUCAUGAUGAAGCGAAACGAGWUGGUGAAGAUUGGUUAGAGAUUAUAGACGGRGCAGGACAUCACUCAGCAAGGAGAGGAGUACAGAAAAUAAGACCAAAAGUAAAAGAAUACCUCAGGAAGAAGAGUAUAGAGUACGUUGAAGCGAACGAGGGAGCCCUGUUGAUCACCUUCUCUGAAUACACCGGUAGAGAACCCUGCGUAGCUGACUUCUACUGUAAAAGAUGCAAGAAGACUUGGACAAGUGCGACUAGUUGGAAGGGGUUUUUCCAGAGAUGUUACAGAUGUGAUUCGCAGGGAACUGACUCCAAAUGUUACCCAUUAAAAAUGAGAUCAUUUCUUCCGCCAACCAGAAGACAACGAACAAACAUUAACUUUACACGCACGGAUCACAUGAGACUUUGUGAAAUGUGUGCUCGGCUUGGUAGAGACUGUAGGCCGUUACUUUAGUGAUUACAGAAUCAACUGGGGAUCAAGGGUGGUGUAGCGGUAAUACACGUAUAAUUAUAAUAAAUAGAGGAUAUUACAUGGGCGCGC